AUGGUGUCGUUGGAGGCAGACGACACCAGUGCACCCCUCUUUUUUCUUGAAGGUGAUGCAGGGUCUACCGACCUUGUUGCUAAGAAACGUCCUCGCUCCGACCAUCCCGCAGAAGAAUCGUGGCGUCGACGGUAUCUCGGCACGUUUGUUCUAUGUGGCUACUCGAUGACCAAAGGAUCUGACUACAUUCAUGCCGGCGAUCGAGUCCUUAUCCAGCGGAAAGCCAAAGCGACCGCCAAGCCCAAAGGUACGCGUGGGCGUGGUGGGAAGAAGCAGGAUCGUGCUGACUAUGUGGUACGAUUCAGCAAUACAAGAGGUUUUGAAGUGGGGCGUAUCCCUAUCGAUGUAGCUGGAUGGAUGUCGUGCCUUUUGGAUGCCAAGCUCGCCGAGUUCGAUGGCAUCGUUGUUGAUUGCCCUUCUUCUUUGGAGGUCGGCAGUGAUAUUCUACUUGAAAUCAAGGCCUAUCUAUGUCGGAGCACGUUUGAGUCGAGCCUUACACGAUCCUGCCACCUGACUACACAGAUGGCAGAGAAACCGAUGCUUGAGUCGGAGGAAAGUGAGCAGGAGCGCCACCUUCGCCAUCGGAAAGUCUCCUUGCAGCGUCUCUUUCGGACAUGCCAUUUAGUGCCUUCGAAGAAAGCCACACAUACACCUCAUCACAAGCUUACUAGGGUCAAGCGGGAUGAUGAGGAUGAUGGCACAGAAGUCUCAGAUACAUGUCUUCACGAUAUCUAUGCCAAGGCACAGCAGGACGAUGCCUCUCUCCCGUUCGCGGAGCCGCCCUCCACGUUUGCCCUCACGUUACGACCUUACCAAAAGCAAGCUCUUGGCUGGAUGCAGACUAUGGAGGCGGCAGAAGGGCCCAGUCGUGAGCAGACCUUGCAUCCUUUGUGGGAAGAGUACCAAUUUCCCCUGGCAGACGAUGAAGACGCGGGGUUCGGCACGUUCUACAUGAACCCCUACAUCGGAGACCUCUCGCUGGAUUUCCAGCCUAUGAGUCGUGGAGCUCGGGGCGGUAUUCUAGCCGAUGAAAUGGGUCUAGGCAAAACGAUCAUGCUGGCGAGUCUGAUUCAUGCCAACCGGAUGGCCGACACGACCCGAUCUCGGCCUGCUCGUACUCGCAUGCAACAAACGCCUCUCUCGUUUACCAAGGCAGCCAAACGCCAGGGACCGUCCAAAGCGACACUGGUAGUAGCCCCAAUGAGCUUGUUGAGCCAGUGGAGGACGGAGCUCCAGCGGGCGAGUGCACCAGGGUCGCUCAACGUGGUGGUAUAUUAUGGCGACGUACGUGACCAGCUUGCAUCGCAACUCGCCCAAUCGCAAGCGGACGUCGUGAUUACAUCGUAUGGUACGCUCACUAGUGAUUACAAGCAGCUCGAAAAGAAGGGGCCAUCGCCCCUCUUUGCCGAGUCAUGGCAUCGCGUCAUUCUGGACGAGGCGCAUACGAUCAAAAACCGCAGUACUCUCGCUGCACGGGCUGCGUAUCAACUCGAUGCGGAUCGUCGGUGGGCCUUGACAGGCACACCGAUUCAGAAUCGGCUGACGGAUCUGUACAGCCUGCUUCGUUUCCUCCGUGUGGAGCCAUGGGGUGACGUGAGCUUUUUCAACAGUUUUCUGGCCAAGCCCUUUGCCAGCCAGAACGAGAAAGCCUUGGAUAUUGUACAAGCGAUCUUGUCCAGCAUUCUGCUUCGGCGCGAAAAACACAGCAAGGACCGUGAUGGCCGACUGAUUGUGGAGCUACCGCCGAAGAUCAUUGAUACGCAGCAUUUGACGUUCUCCCAAGCAGAGCGAGACAUUUACAACAAUGUGUACGAGCGAGCACGGACGCAGUACCGAGAUUUGGUACGACAGGGCUUGGUGGGCAAGCAUUUUAGCUUGAUCUUUGCUGUUCUUAUGCGGCUUCGACAGGCUGUUUGCCACCCAUACCUUGUGCUACAGAAAGGCGCCAACGAGAGUUCUGCGCCUGAAGAGCGCAGUUACGAAGACCAGCUACGCGAACUAGUACGCCGCUUCGAGGCUGGCGACCAGAGUGAAGACGCAUAUGCCCGCGAUGUGCUGGAUACAUUGCUAUCGUCCGACACAAGUGAGGAAGAAGAAUGCCCCUUUUGCAUGGAGCUGAAACCAUCAAAGUGCUUCCUUCCCCUAUGUAUGCAUCAUGGCUGCCGCGAGUGCCUUGUCCAGUACUUGCAGUCCUGUGAAGAUCGUGGCGAAGUGCCCCAUUGCCCAGUGUGUCGUCGUGGACCUGUGCAGGUGGAAGACUUGGUGGAAAGUGUGCGACCAGCCAAAGACGUAGCACCACCUACGGCGCCUAUCCGGAGUAGCACGAAGCUGGACGCGCUCAUGGCCCAGCUGGCCACGAUCACUCACGCAGAGCCUGAUUGCAAGGGUGUGAUUUUCUCCCAGUUCACUAGGUUCUUGGACCUUAUCCAGACACAUAUGCAGCAGCAAGGCUACUCUUGCGUGCGCCUGGAUGGACGUACGUCGCAAAAAGAACGGAAGCGUGUGCUUUCCCAGUUUGCUUCUGAACCUGCGCCCCUGUUUCUGCUCAUUUCAUUGCGUGCUGGCGGCGUGGGCCUGAAUUUAACGGCUGCCAACCAUGUAUGGCUUAUGGAUUGUUGGUGGAAUAGCAGCAUCGAGGACCAAGCCAUCGACCGAAUCCACCGCUUGGGGCAGACACGCACUGUCACCGUGCAUCGCUUGCUAGUGGAGCAGACGAUUGAAGAUCGCAUCUUGGCCAUUCAGCGCCAUAAAAACGAGCUGGUGCAUCAUGCACUGGCCAGUACGCCACGCGAUGGCACAUCGGAUACCAUGGAAAACCUUCGCCUUCUCUUUGACUAG